GCGGUGCUUCCGGCCGGCGGAGGUGGGGACUGCGGCGUUGCGGGGCGGACUCUGGGUCGCGACCCCGACCCCUGCCCCGUUCGGCGACUUCGACCCCGACCCCCCCGGGCCGUGACCCCCACCCGGUCAUACCCGUAUGGCCCGGCACGUGUUCCUGACGGGACCCCCAGGGGUUGGAAAAACAACGUUGAUCCAGAAAGUCAGUGAAGUUUUAAAGUCCUCUGGCGUGCCUGUCGACGGGUUCUAUACAGAAGAAGUCAGACAGGGAGGAAGAAGAAUAGGGUUCGAUGUUGUCACGUUGUCUGGCGCCCGCGGACCUUUAUCCAGGAUUGGGUCAGAGCUUCCGCCUGGAAAGCGUGAGUGCUGUGUUGGGCAGUAUGUGGUGGAUCUGACUUCCUUCGAGCAGCUGGUGCUUCCUGUCUUGAGGAAUGUGAGUCACCAAGGAAAACAGAAACCACCUUCUGCCAGAGAUUGUGACGUGUGUGCAGAGUGGCCGGAAGUGAAGACGACUUGUCACUGCUUUUCUGCACGUGAACACAUCUCUUGGAGAGGAGCCUCAGUUCCCUGCCUGUCCAGGUUUUUGGCCUUCGGGUUUAUGAAAUCUUGGAGGCUUUUCCAAAGAAAGCCUGACAGCUGUUUUCCAUAAAAUGUUUAAAAGAUCAAAUUAGCCUUAAUGUUGGAUUGACUUGACAAGAUUAACAAUCCACUGUGGCUUAUUCAUGCUGAGAGAUUUCUGUUUAUUUCCUCUUGCAGUUGUGCAUAUGAUUUGGGUAAAUUAUGAAAUGAGAAAUGGUUUUCGGAGUAUUAGUUGGAAUUUGCCCCCAUUGAUUGAAGUUUAUAAAUGUGUUCAGGGAAAAAGGGGGAGAAAAGAGUUCACUGCCUAAUCAGUUUUGCAUGUCAGGAAAAUUAAAUCCCUCUCCAGGAGCAGCUGAAGUCUCCCGCAACUUAGAGUGAUAACAGUUACUUGAUUUUUUAAAAAAUCAGUAUUUCAAAGAAAGCCAUUUUCGGUCCUCCCCCCUCCCCAUCUCUUAUUGUUUAUCUGUUUGCUUAUUGCUUAAUAAAAUAAAGGUAGAUGUGAUGAUCGCACGCAUGUGGGUCCUUGCGUGGGAGAGACGAGCAGUCUGUAGAAAUGUUGGUAGUGCUGGGUACCCAGCAGGGCUUCAGAUCAGAGCCGCACUUUGGCCCCGUUCAUUUAGACAAGUUCGCAAACCUUCCUGGGCCCCGUUUCCCUCCCAGAAAAGAGGGAAGUGGGUACCAUCAAAGGAAGGCGUCGCCACAGCCUGAAGGAAACCACCCUCAGGCGUCCUUGUGAUCCCCUGGGGGGCGCCCGGGGCCGGGGCCCGGGCUGCGGGGAAGACGGUGCAGAGAGAGAAGGUGCAGCCUGGGCAGGGCCGCGUGGGACAGACCACUGAAGCCCCAAAGCUCACAGAGGAUAACAGCUGCCCUCCCAGGGGUCGAUGGGACACAAUGACGAUAACCAGUGCAGUGUCUUUAGGCCAGUUUUGGUGAAGAACUAUGAAUUACCAGGAUUUCUUUAGCCUUAGCUACAAACCCAGCUGGUGCUAAUGCCGGGUGUGCCCUUGAAUAUGACCUCUGACCGGUCCGGGCAUCUGUGGAGCGAGGUGUCCCGUGAGCUGGGCCCUGGGGCAGCAGACAGUGCAGGAAGCAAGUCAGAAAGAGAAAAACAAAUACCGUAUGCUAACACACAUAUAUGGAAUCUUAAAAAAAAAAAAAAAAUGGUUCUGAAGAACCUAGGGGCAGGACACACGCAGUAUUUUAAAAAAUGGGUUUUUUUUGGCCAAGCCGAGGGGCAUGUGGGAUCUUAGUUCCCUGACCAGGGAUCAAACCUGGGGCCCUAACCACUGGACCGCCAGGGAAGUUCCCCAAAUGGUUUCUUUUCUUCUCUGAAUUGGCACAUGUCAGGGAGAUGGUCCUUCUCCGUCUGUCUCGUGUUCGUAGAAUGCUGUGUCUGGGAAGACCGCGUGGGAGUAGGGGCGCUGGGGGCAGCUGAUGGCAGGUGCUUGUGACUUGGGACAAAGCAGUAGGAAAGUGGAGCAGGCUUGAGAGGAGGGCUUGGGGAGCAGGCCUUGCGAUGCCCGUUUCAUGGGCCAGGAGAGGUCAGUGCACCAAAGCGGUUUUAGAAAACGACUUGCCAGGCAGGUGGCUUUAACACACAGGGCACAAAUGAAAAUCAGUAAUGCCAGGUUAGCCCCGUGAUUUAUAGAAGGCCAAGCACUACAGUUUAUAUUAUCUUUAGAGGAGAAGCAGUUUUGUUCAGUGUCCAAAUGUAGAAAAUAAAUAACUCUUUAGCUGUGUUCUGACGGAACAGGUGAAUAACUCCAGCAAGAAAUGUCACCUUCGGAAAAUCUCCUCUAAAUGGGGGCUAAUAAUACAAUAUUUUGCAAGGAAUAUGCUCUGAUAAACAGUUGACUCGCUGAAGAUCAGAUUAACAAGCUCAUGAGUUGUAAAUAUAAAAAUUGUUUGCAACACUUGAAAAAGUCACGUGGCCGCGUCGUUGACAGUCCGUUAAGAAUCCUGGAGGGGAUCCAGCCACGAUCUCACCCAUGGGUCUACGUGUGCACACGCUCAGAGCGUACACUCAGGUGGCUUUACUGCCAUAGACAACGCAGAGGGUGGCAUCCCUGUCCGAGGAGUCUGGCCCCGAUGUGGGUAAACUACACCUUUCCUUCUCCCACUGCGUCCCAAAAGGCUACCAGAGAAGCGGGAUGAGCAGUAACCCAGCAGUCGGAAAAGCAGCUCUCGAAUCUCCAGUGGCAGGAGUACCCACGUCGUGUCUGCCUUCUCACCUGCAUCGCGCUGUCCCUGCAGACUGCUCUCCCAGCUCUUUGAGCAGCUCUCACUGGCUGGGGAAGCGGUGACUCUGUGUUUCUUACUUGUGGAGGCCCGAGGAGUGCCCAGUCUGAAUGCUGCUGGGCGUGGGUCAUUGUCUUACCUAAUUCAAGUGGCCACCCUAUAUGGGGAGGCCAUGCUCACAGCUCAAGGCUGCCCUUUAGUCCUGAGGGCUUGGCUGCAAUGUUGCCCAGAAGAAUUUUGGGAACUGCCAGCCAGGUUUGCUUGAGCCGACUUGGAGGACUGCGGUGAGGUUCUAUCAGCUUCUCUUUAGACAGACGUCAGCAAAUCCAUCAGAAAUAAGAAGGAGUGCACCUCCAGGGAUUGCUGAUUUGAGCAUCAUGCACUGUGUCUCCAAUUAUACAGAGUCUACCUAUUGUUAUUAAUUUCUAAUUCUUAUUUUAUAAAAAAAAGAAUAUUGCCAUCUACUUCCAAGGGGUAAGGAAUUCUCUGCAAUACCCUCCCCUCUGCCUACACUUCCAAACUCCAGGUACCUUUAAGAAAUUUGUGUGACUGUUUCCAAAUUGAGUAUCCCUAACUAUUUAGGUCUUUCCAAAAGUGACGGUUCGCCAGGUCAGGGAUGAUAUUCUCCAUGGGCUGUGUUCUACGAUCCCUUCUUCCUCCCUCAUGUCAGGAAGAAGCCAGGUUUCUGCUCUACCUGAUGGGAAUCUUAAGAUGAGAAAAGCUGUCUCAGAAUUUGCCUACAGCAUUAUAAAUCAACUAUACUUCAA